UCACCUUUAACAAGCUUUUACUUUUGUCAUUCUUCCCUCCAGACCUUCUGCAGCAACAUGUCCAGGAGGAGAAUGUUCUUGCUGAGCAGAAUCUCUGCAACCAGGAGAGGAACUCCAGUGUGGACCAGGGUGAUCCAGAUUCUUCACAGAUGAAAGAGGAACAGGAGGAACUGUGCACCAGUGGGGAGGGAGAGCAUCUUGCACUGAUGCAAGAGGCUGAUACACUGGUUCAGUGUAAAUCCAACUGUGUAGAAAUAUCCAGAGAAAUUUCUGGAGUGUCUGAUAAACCAGUCGGCCAGUUGGAUGAAGAGAUUGAUUAUCAGCCCAGGCUGCUGGAUCCCUUCUGGAAACCACGAAUAAUAUUACACAGAAUUGACCAACCACAUCAAGAUGUCUGGAAAGAGAGGAAUGGUCUUGCUCAUCAGCAGCUCCAUAACCAGGAGAAGAAGUUUCGUCUGGAGCAGGAGGACCCAGAGAUUCCACAGAUUAAAGAGGAAGUGACGGAAUUCUGCACCAGCCUGGACCAGAAAGACCCAGAACAUUCACAGAUUACAGAGGAACCAGAGGAAGUCUGUACCAGUCAGCAGAAAGAGCAGAUUGUACUGAAUCAAGCUACUGAUACCUUUCUGUUGACUUCAGCUGAUAAGGACAGUGAUCACAGUGAACUAGAACCAAACAGGGAUCAGCUCCUCUCUUACAAUUCACCAGUAGCUGAGAGCCCACAUCAGGAGGGAAGUAAGCAUGUAGACUCAGGGUCAACUAGAAAUGCAGUGCUGAAGCCAAAGAAGAGUCAUAACAGAGAGAGCAGUCACAGUAACAAUGUAGACAAGUCUUCAUUGUCAGGAAGUCACUGUGAUACAGACACAGGUAGAAAGUCUUUAAAAUGUGAUGUUUGUGGAAAGACCUUUAAGAAUAAGUACCAAAUGACGAAACAUCACCAAAUCCACAACAGUGUAAAACCAAGUGCUGACAAUGCAUGCAGAAAAAUACGUAAUUUACGCUCUGACCUGAAAGUCCAUAUGAUAGCUGACAAAGGUGACAAACGGUUUUCUUGUGAAACCUGUGGGAAACGUUUCAGCAAAAAUAGUCCUCUGAAAGUCCACAUGAGAGCUCACACAGGUGACAAGCCAUAUUCUUGUGAGACGUGUGGCAAAAGUUUCUUUCGGAAUACAAACUUGUUGUUCCACAUGACAACUCACAACAGUGAGAAAGCGUUUUGCUGUGACAGAUGUGGGAAAAAAUUCAACAGAAGUGAUGUUCUAUAUGUCCACAUGAAACACCACACAGGUGAGAAGCCAUAUUCUUGUAACACCUGUGGAAAAAGUUUCAGUCAAAGCAGCCAUCUGACUGUCCACAUGAGAACUCACACAGGUGAGAGGCCAUAUUCUUGUAAAACCUGUGGAAAAAGUUUCAGUAAAAAAGUUCAUCUGACUGUGCACAUGAGAACUCACACAGGUGAAAAGCCAUAUUCCUGUGAGUCAUGCGGAAAAAGUUUCAGUAAAAGAAAUAAUCUGACUGCGCACAUGAGAACUCACACAGGUGAGAAGCCAUAUUCUUGUAAAACCUGCGGACAAAGUUUCCGUCACAACAGUCAUCUGACUAGCCACAUGAGAACUCACACAGGUGAGAAGCCAUAUUCUUGUAAAACCUGCGGACAAAGUUUCCGUCACAACAGUCAUCUGACUAGCCACAUGAGAACUCAUACAGGUGAAAAGCCAUAUUCUUGUGACAGAUGUGGGAAAAGGUUCAGUGAACGUAAUAAUCUGACUGAGCACACGAGAACUCACACAGGUGAGAGGCCGUAUUCUUGUAAAACCUGCGGACAAAGUUUCAGUCACAAAAGAUGUCUGACGAGCCACAUGAGAACUCAUACAGGUGAAAAGCCAUAUUUUUGUGACAGAUGUGGGAAAAGGUUCAGUGAACAUAGUAAUCUGACUGUCCACAUGAGAACUCACACAGGUGAGAGGCCAUAUUCUUGUCAAGCAUGUGGUAAAAGUUUCAGUCACAGUAGUAGUCUGACUAAACACAUGAGAACUCACACAGGUAAGAAGCCAUAUUCUUGUAAAACCUGUGGAAAAAGUUUCCGUCACAACAGUCAUCUGACUAGACACAUGAGAACUCACACAGGUGAGACGCUGUAGUCCUGUAGUCAAUCCAAGAUUUAGGACGAAAUUAAUGGAACGUUGUAUUUGUGUAAAAAUGGUCAAUUUAUAAAACAAUCUAGACACGGAAUCAAAAGAAUGUAAAUCACACGCAAGAUUUUAUUAUUGAAUCUCACUCUUCAAUCAUGGAACAAUUCAGAUACAUUAAGUGCAGUAGAAAGUACAAUAUUUUCCUCUGAAAUGCAGUGGAAUGGACGGAUAAGCGAAGAACUUUAAAAAUGCACUUAAUGGUCCACAGCAGUAAAUGUACUGAGUAACUUUACACCCCUAGUGAUUGCAGUUUGUAUGUUGUUUUGUUGUUUUCAAUGGUUCCUGGAUGAAAGUGGGACUCUGUCUCAUUGGUAAUUACAAUCUUUCAUUGUUUAAUACCUUUUGGUCACUUGAUGUAUUUCCUUCCAGUGGUAAGUAAGUCAGUGCAUUUACCCAAAUGAUGUAUUUCAAUACAAAUUUGACUUUAGUGGAUAAAUUUCUACAACUUCAUAUUUCCACUUUAUUACAGUUCAGAGUUACUGGAAGAAAAUCCAAAUGUGUGCCAUCAUUUUUAGAAUUAGAGCAUUCUUUUUUGACUAGACCUGCAGAUAUCGCAAAAUAUUUAAGUGAGUAUUUUAAAAACAAAGUAGAAAAUUUAAAGAAGAACAUGAUUUAAAACCCAAAAAGUAAUUUAGGGUUUAGUACGAUUAAAAAUAAUAUUAUGAAAAAUAAAUCAUGCUCAUUUAGUUUUGAUAGAGUGAGUGUAACGGUAGUAAUGCGUUAAAAUUAAUGAAAGUAAAACCUGCAGGUAUGGAUGAACUUGAUGUAAGGUUACUGAAAUUAGUGUCAGAUGUUAUUUCAAUUCCGGUGUUUCACAUCAUAAUAAGUUUACUAAAAUGUAGGUGUCCAGUUAAAUGGAAAGUUGCCAAAAUUGUGCCUCUCCCUAAAAAUGGUAAAGAGUCCUUUUCUGGGAAAAACAGCAGACCAGUUAGUAUCUUGCCCAUUUUGAGUAAAAUAAUGGAGAAAAUAGCAUAUGACCAAAUCAAUUUAUACUUUUGUAAAAAUGGACUGAAUUCUUCGUCGCAGCAUGCUUAUAAGAACGGGCACUCCACAACAACAGCCUUGGCUCAGAAUACUGAUGAUUGGAUGAAUUAUAUUGAGGACAAAAAAUUAGUUGGAACUGUAUUACUAGAUAUGAGUGCAGCGUUUGAUUUACUGGAUCAUGAUUUACUGUUGGAAAAAUUAAGAGCUUAUGGGUUCCAAAACUCUGCUAUUCAAUGGGUUAAAAGUUACCUUAGCAAUAGAGAGUUUACUGUUUUUUUCAAUGGCAGCUAUUCUGAGUCAAGGAGCCUUUCUUGUGGAGUGCCACAAGGGAGCUGUCUUGGUCCGCUGCUGUUCUCCAUUUUUACAAAUGAGUUACCUCUCAUCUUGGAGAAUGCCACCAUUGUUUUGUACGCAGAUGAUUUAACUAUUUAUGUGUCUGAUCAUAACUUGAUGAACCUGAAUACCAGACUGAAUGAGGAGUUAAAAGUAAUAGAGGAUUGGAUCAAUGAAAAUAGGCUGGUAAUUAAUGCCAAAAAAACUAAAUGUUUAAUAGGAUCACCCCAUCUGUUAAAAGAUUCUCCUGUGCUGAAUGUGUCUAUUGGAGGCUCAGUCAUUGAACAAGUUGUUGAAGCUAAGCUUUUAGGUGUUAAGGUGGAUAAUAUGCUCUCGUGGAAUAAUCAGAUCACAUAUAUAUUGAAUAAAUUUGGUAAAAGUUUGGCUAUGGUUCGCUGUUGCAGUAAAUGUAUACCAUAUAGUGUGAGGAAAAUAUUAGUUGAAUCAAUAGUUUUGUGCCAUUUAGAUUAUUGUUCUAUUAUUUGGUCAGCCACAACAGAAUCAAACUUUAAUAAAUUACAGGUGGCCCAAAAUAAAGCUGCUCGGCUUGUUCUGAGUUGUUCUUUCAGAACAAGCAUUGAGGAGAUGCAUCAUCGAUUGGCAUGGCUGCAUGUAAAAAGAAGAGUACAUUAUUCCCUUAUAAAAUUUAUUAGAAAAAUUAUGAUCACAAAAGCACCAGAAAUACUCUAUAAUAAAGUCACUUUUUUCAGGGAUGUUCACCAGUAUUCAACAUGUCAAGCAGAUGAGGGGAGUUUUUUUCUACCUGCCUGUAGAACCAAUCAGUCACAGAAGACGGUGCGCUACAGGGCAAUGGUGGCAUGGAACUCACUACCACAGUUCUUGAACUUACAGUUGUAUGUGACCACCUUUUGCAAAAGGUUGAGAUUAUUUCUACUGACUCAAGAAUAAUCAGAAAAUGGGUAUUCAGAUUAUGUAAUGAAAUGCUACAUUAGCUAUUUUUGCUUGUUAUUGUUUGAAUAAGCAUGUCUAUAAGACCUGAAUUUUUAGAUGUUAGGUAGAGCUACCUGAGAUUUCUUUGUUAUGUCAUUUGAAUGUGUGAAUUAUUUAAUUUUUGUUUGACUGUUGUUUUGUUGUUAUUUUUAUUUGUCAAAGUAUGUAAUGUCUGGUUGUAUGUGCAUCCUGUUUUUGUCUGCCUGUCAUGGCGCAACUGUGUUUGUGUGGAGAAGUUUAGACCCCAGGAAGAAUAGCUUCUGUCUGUAUGGCAGCUAAUGGGGAUCUAAGUAAAUAAACAAUAAAACAGUU